AUGGGUAGUGUUGAAGUCGAUAUUUUCAAUGGCUUUGAAUACUCGAAAAAAUACGACAGCUUAAAAGUACUACACGCACACGAUCAAAUCAAAGAACUGCAGUCCAUAUUGCGAGACAGAAAUACGUCCAGAAGCGAUUUUAAGUUUUACGCAGACCGUCUCAUUCGUUUAGUAAUAGAGGAGAGUUUAAAUCAACUACCAUUUACUGAUUGUAAAGUUGUUACUCCAACUGGGGCAACAUAUAAUGGGUUGAAGUAUAAAUCGGGGAAUUGUGGGGUUUCCAUUGUUAGAUCAGGGGAGUCCAUGGAGCAAGGCCUUCGGGAUUGUUGUAGAAGUAUAAGGAUAGGGAAAAUAUUGGUGGAGUCAGAUGCUGAGACACAUGAGGCUAGAGUCGUGUAUGCCAGGUUUCCAGAAGAUAUAUCCCAAAGACAUGUCCUUUUAAUGUACCCCAUAAUGUCUACAGGAAAUACAGUUAGUAAAGCAGUGAAUGUUUUAAAAGAACAUGGCGUUAAAGAAGAAUGUAUUAUUUUAAGUAACCUAUUUUGUACCCCAGCAGCUGUACAAACAGUAUUAGACUCCUAUCCUAAGAUGAAAAUUUUGACAUCUGAAGUUCAUCCAGUGGCCCCAAAUCAUUUUGGUCAAAAAUACUUUGGCACUGAUUAA